AUGGCCGGCAGCAAUCAGGCACAACUCAACUCCAUCCAGGAGAAGGUCUGGGAAGGCAGGCUUCCUCUAGAAAUUGUUCUAGACCCAUCAGAAUGCCGGACAUACGACAAGUCUGAUCCUUACCUGAUACUAUAUCCCCGAGUCUCGUAUCUACCUUUUAUACUGCCUAGACUUCAUUCUUUCUUCCGGUCAUCGCUCAUUCAUCCGGAAUGCGAACCACACUCUGGGUGGUUUUCGUUCGAGGGAGUUCCCUUGAAAUGGCACUAUCCCUUAGGAUUACUUUAUGACCUCUACGCAGGUUCUGAACCUGUUUCACAUUCCACUCUGACUGAUUAUAAUAAUCCGACUCAAUCAGUAAUUCUGGCCGGCGGCAUUGGGAACCGGGCCCAAUCAUCUGACGAAGAUGAAACUGGCCCUUCCAAGUCCGGCCACUUGCCAUGGCGACUAACAUUGCACUUUGAAAAUUGGCCUGAUGAGGAUCUUGUGCGGCUUGAUGCCGAAGGUCUGGUUAUUCAUGACGCUUUUAUCAACAGCGUCAAAGAAGCCGAUUCAUUGCGUAUUCGAGAGGCCAAGGGGAUUAUGACUUUAUCCAAAGAGGAUACAGCUGGGUUUUGGACGGCAAUUCAAAAUCACGACAUCAAUUCUUACCGCCGAAUCACUAACCUACUUCUUCCACCAAUAUCUCAACCAUUCCGUCAAAUUCCUAUCCGCAUUUUUCUUCCAUUACCACCAGAUUCCGACAAACCAGCACUUAAAGUUGUUCAAUCACCCGUUCCUUCUUCAAUUCCAAUCAGCCAGACUUCUUCUUCGACGAUGACUCCAUCCGGAGCCCGAAUGCAGCCGCAAACAGUCGGAUCAGCUCUUCACACUCUAUUGCCCAAUCUUUUUCCGAGCCGGCGAAUACCGGUCUUAGCAAAACCAGUCUUGCAUGGUGUAGUGCUGCCAAUGUCAGCCCCUCUUGAGGAGGUCGCGCGGAGUGCUGCGUAUGGGGAUGGAUGGAUAGCUAUUGUUAUCUGUAUGGUUGGGUAA